CUUGACACAAUACAUCUGUGGUUGCAGUAAUGAGAGAGAGUUCAGAACUUAUGUAAGAAGGAGUGGAGGUAAGAUAAGAAUGCGAAGCUGGGUUGGAAAAUAUAAACCAAAACAAGAGAGAAAAUACAUUGCCUGUAGUGAGGGAAGAGAAAGGAACAGGGGAAGGAGAAGCAGAAGGACUGCUUGUACAGAGACAAGUAGAGACUGAAAAGCUGAGAAGUGUUGCCAAACAGGAUACUACUGAAUUCCAUUCAACAUGGAAAAUAGGUGGACUGUGUUGUAACAGAUGGAGCUGCCACCUCGACCAAAACUCUUUGACUUCCAUGGAGUCUCCAUGACCCACUAUUUCACUGACAACUGGGAGAACAUACAAAACUUCCAGGCCAGGCCAGAUGAUAUCCUCAUCGCCACUUACCCCAAAGCAGGUACCACAUGGGUCUCCUACAUUCUAGACCUGCUGUAUUUUGGUCAGACAGCCCCUGAGCGUCAGACUUCACUGCCUAUCUAUGAGAGGGUGCCUUUCCUGGAGAGUGACUUCCAUAUUCUCCCUCCAGGAACAGAGCUGGCAGACAAGUUAUCCACCUCUCCUCGCCUCAUCAAAACUCACCUUCCAGUCCAGUUGGUGCCCAAGUCCUUCUGGGAGCAGAACUGCAGGAUAGUGUAUGUGGCCCGUAAUGCCAAGGACAAUGCAGUGUCUUAUUUCCACUUUGACCGCAUGAACAAGGCCGACCCAGAGCCAGGAGACUGGAACAACUUCUUACAGAGAUUCAUGGAUGGAAAGAUGGUGUUUGGUCCCUGGUACGACCAUGUAACUGGCUGGUGGGAGAGGAAACAGACUCACUCAAAACUCCACUACGUUUUCUAUGAGGAUAUGGUUGAGGAUACGGGGAGAGAGCUGGACAGGCUGUGCUCCUUCCUAGGUUUGUCUCCUUCAGCAGAGGAGAAGGAGAGGGUGAGAGGAGGAGUGCAGUUUGAUACUAUGAAGAAGAACAGCAUGGCCAACUAUUCCACCGUUCCAAUCAUGGAUUUCAAGAUCUCUCCAUUCAUGCGAAAAGGAAAGGUUGGUGACUGGAAGAACCAUUUCACUGUAGCCCAGAAUGAACAGUUUGAUGAAGACUAUAAGAAGAAGAUGAAGAACACCACCGUACAGUUCCGCACUGUAGUCUAGGAGUUGUGGUCAAGUUGAUUGUCUGAUUGUUUGUGGUCAGGUUGAUUGAUUGUUUAUUUGGCGCACAUAGACCUAAGAUAGGCUUGGCUGUGGUGUCAGUCUUCCAUUGGUCCACAGUUAACUGGGUUAUAGUGUUGAAUAUACAGGGUGAGGAUCAUAUCGUAUCAUAUCCUGGAGUGUGAAUGAAAAAGAUCAUGAAGUGUCUUAUAAUAUCAUUUUUUGAGAAUGAUUGAUGCUGUUUCAAAAAUAUACAUACUUUGAAACUGUAACAAUUCCUACGCGUAUACUGUAUACAGUAUGACUAAACGUAAUACAUUGAUGUUCAUGUACUUGUACUUAAAAUAUUAUUAAAUGUCUUUAUGACCCAAAGCAA